UCCUUCGCCCGUUUCCUCCCAGCUUAUAUUUUGGAGACUGGAUGACGACAUUCGCUUCGAAUACGGUAUCGUCCACCGGUCCCCGUCUCUCUCUCAUCUGCGGCCCGGCAUCGCGCCCUGCUUGGACGUCCAGGAGCAAGAAGUAGGGCAAAAGGGAGAACUUUCGGAAUUCCCACGACUUCGAUAGGUAGAUUAUAGAUAGCCAUCUAGAGAUCUUGAGAUGUCUUUAAUCGAGGAUCUCGAGCCCUGGUUCUACUUUACUCGCUUCCGCGACCAACUGAGCGUUUUCUCUAGAACGAUGUUGGCAUCGGUGGCAACGGCGAGCUGCACCAACGACGAGGCGGACGAGUGCCGGGACGACGCCGCGGCGCUGCGGCUGAAGAUGGUGGCGAUGGUGGUGAUCCUGAUGGCGGGGGUGAGCGGCGUGGCGAUCCCCCUGGUGGGGCGCAAGCGGCGAUUCCUGCGCACCGACGGCAGCUUCUUCGUCUUCGCCAAGGCCUUCGCGGCCGGCGUCAUCCUCGCUACUGGGUUCGUCCACAUGCUCCACGACGCCCAGUCGGCGCUGGCUGACCCCUGCCUCCCGGAGUCGCCGUGGCGGCGAUUCCCCUUCUCGGGCUUCGUAGCGAUGACGGCGGCUCUCGGGACUCUUGUGGUAGACUUCGUCGGCACCCAGUUUUACGAGCGGAAGCACCGCGAGGAGGCCAUCGGGGUAAAGACAGCUGCGGCGGCAGCGGUGGCGGCGACGACGUCGACGUCGGCCGAGGAGGAUAUCACCGUCAUCUCCAUCGUGUCGGAGCCGGAGGAGAAGGCAGACAAUGUCAAGAGCCCGAUGCACAUUGUCGGGAUGCACGCCCACGCGGCGGCGCAUCGGCACAGCCAUCCACACGAGCACGGGUCGUGCGAUCGCCCCGCACCGCGGGAGCGCGGCCCUGGCCACGCCCACGAGGAGGAGGGCGAGGUCUCUUCUCACGUGCGCCACGUGGUCGUCUCCCAGAUACUGGAACUAGGAAUCGUGUCCCACUCGGUGAUCAUUGGGUUGUCGCUUGGUGUAUCGCAGAGUCCAUGCACCAUAAGGCCGCUCAUUGCUGCUCUAUGCUUCCACCAAUUCUUUGAAGGCUUCGCACUGGGAGGAUGCAUCUCCCAGGCACAAUUCAGGAACUUGUCGGCGGUGCUGAUGGCAUGCUUCUUUGCGAUCACGGCGCCGUCCGGCAUCGGCGUUGGAGCGGGUGCGGCGUCGUUCUACAAUGCGAAUAGCCGGAGGGCGCUGGUGGUGGAGGGGAUACUGGACUCGAUCUCGGCCGGCAUUCUCAUCUACAUGGCAUUGGUUGAUCUAAUUGCAGCGGAUUUUCUGAGCAGGAGGAUGAGCUGCGAUAUUAGGCUUCAGGUGGCGUCUUACAUGGCGCUUUUUCUUGGCGCUGGCUCCAUGUCGGCCCUUGCAAUCUGGGCUUGACUCGUAGUGCUGGUGGCUGAAGGUUUGUUGACUGACGCACAAAGCUGGGACGACCAGGUCUCUGUACAAAUGUAACCGUCUGCAUCAGUUUGUUUUGAUUUUGGAAGACGGCUCUGGUCGUCUCGGUAUUUCGUUGGACAAGCCCCUGUUCUUCAAAGCGGAAAUACAUGCAUGCAUAUUUUAGAGCUUGCUCUCAAUCGACGGCUGUUUUUAAAUCUUUGGUUGUUUUGUGGGAAGAAAUAGGCUAUACAGGCCCAAUGACCCCAGUCCCGCAAAGCUGUCGUUGCGAAUCAUUAUAAUGGCUGCCGGUGGAUUGUAUAGAUGGUUUUCUCUAGCAAAAUUAAAUUGCAGUGCUUUCGAUGCAUGGAAAUGGAAUGUUGUGGGAUUAUCUGUCCUGUCACCAAUGAAAUGGUCCCAAGUACUAUGUCUUCUCUCAAA